AUGGACGGGGAGAACAAAGGGAGCAUAACCUAUGAAGAUUUUAUGUUUGACCCGGCCAAAUUCUCGUUGGAAGACUCGAUUACACUAAAGGCCAUAUGUGUGGCCCGGCUAGGCAACACGGGCUUCCAACGGCUACGUGAGGGGUCUGAUGACGAAUGGCGCAUUAUUGUGGGUAUUGCCGAAGGGCAUAUAGUCUGUCGCCGGAUGCCAGACUUUCUACGAUCGGUUCUGGCCUGCAAGGAACGUCUUCGGCUGUACAGUACCGUUCAGGCGCAGGUGGAGGGUCAAUUAGUUCUCCAUAUCAGCGGUGGGCGUGACAUUCCUCUAAGUCGUCAGACAACGAAGGUCAUCACGGAGAAGAUUCUGGAAUCAGCCGAGCUGUUGAGGGUCAGUUUGCCCGAUCUCCAUCGCCUGCUGGGAUCAACGAAAACGAUCAGUUACAAUCGAUCAACCCGGUCGAUUCACUUUUCUUUUUUUCGCGGGACAAGGCAAAGAAGCUCCAGGACGUUCAAGUGCCUUUUCAAGGUCGAGUUUAUACGCUGGAGAACGCCCAUCAGCCGGUAA